GCCUUCGUAAACCUAAUGACAUCACAUGCUUAAACCCAUCGCUUCUUACUGUAAUUGAUGCCACUUCAAAGUAUGACCAUCAACAUUGCUCACAGCCCAGCUGAUUAAACCUCUAUCCAUGCUCGGGAGUGAAUCUUCUGACUAAACGGCCGACUAUCUUCGAAACCAGGCCCUGCACACUGUAGCUCGCAUCUUCAAAUUAUGGAUCAUCCGGUCCAUCAAAUCGGAGGUGUCAUUGAGGCUCUGUGCACGCAAACCAUCGCUGAGCAGCAAGCCGCGCUUGACGAUUACUUCACUCCGGACGCCUUCUUUGUUCAUCCCCUCUGUCGCGUCCCGUCCUUCUCGGGCACCAAGGUCCUCGGCACUGAAAUCAACUCCCUGUGGCUUCUCAAAUACAUCUACCAAUGGUAUCGUGUGCUUAGCCCGCACAUCGACCUGACCAUCGAGUCGACCGUCUUUGAUCAGAAGGCCAACCUCUUGUACCUCACGAUGCGCCAGACUUUCACACUCUGGUUCGUCCCCUUCUCGCUGUGGCAGGCCCAUGUCAAGCUGGUUACCGUGUGUACAUUGGUGAACUUGCCAGUCAACCAGGAUGGACGCAUGUUACUCAACAACGGACAAACCGCGCCUGGCGACCAGACUGUGGCAACGCGCUGGUUUAUUAAGGGCCAGGAGGACCACUACCAAUUGGAGGAGUGGCUCAAGUUCAUCGCACCGUUCGGCGCUAGUUUGGUCUGGAAAUUCUUGCAGCUUUGGAACACUGCUCUUUGCUGGCUUGGCGUCUUAUUUCUUUGGCCUGUCACCUCCAUCCACGAUUACUUAACCAGGGAGGCGCCUCGAUGGGGAAAGAAAGCAGUAAAGGAGCAAUAGCAGCAAGCGGACAAAAUGUGUGGAAUGUUCAUUUCCCCGCGGUCUCUGGGCAGUUAUGAGUUAUGUAUAAACCCUCGAGUUAAAAAAAAAUUUAAAGAAAGAAGGUAAUGUAAAAGAGUUUGUACUGCCACUGCUGUUUCCGCAGUUCCAGUUUUUCAUGUUCGCGAUUGGGUCUUUCCGUCAAACCCGUAAACGUAAGAACGAAAUAAAAAUAAACUGCUUUUCCCACCCAAUCAACGAAAUUGCUGUUUGCUACGUGAGGGCCAUGAGAUAUUCCACCUCCCAGCUUAUAAAAAAACAAGUGACAUGUUUGCCUCGAG